AACCCUUUAGCGAGUAAAAGAAAAAGAGACUUCAAAAACAAGAGCGCGUUGAGUUGAGGCUCGCUACCACUGACGAAAUCGAGCUCAGAUCACAACAAUGGAAGUUCCGAAGGAUCAAAUCGCCACUCUCCUCGACUAUGGCCUCCAUAACUCUGCUCAGAUGCUUAGUUGUUUUCUUGUUUCUUCACCCGCUGCAAAUACUGAAUCCGCCCCCCACCUCAAAGCUGAGAGCUUGGUGCUACUUGGUGAUUCAUUCUUCCGUGAGAGGGAGUAUCGUAGAGCUAUUCAUAGCUACAAGCAAGCUUUGCAAUACAACAAGAUGGUUCCCAAACAGAACGUGCAACUAUCCCGGAGUUCAAUACCAUCAAACAGGUCGCCGUCUCCAAAUUCUUGCAAUGCAUCAGGAAUCAACGAGAAUGAGGUGAAAUUCAAAAUUGCAUCUUGCCACUGUUUCCUGAAUGAGAACAAAGCAGCUCUAGUUGAGAUGGAAGGAAUUCCGUGCAAAGCUAGAAAUCUGCCAAUGAAUUUGUUAUUAGGGAAGCUUUAUCGAGUAUCUAGACAUAGUAGAGCUGCUGUUGCUAUUUACAAAGAAUGUCUAAGACAUUGCCCUUAUAUGCUUGAGGCUAUUACAGCUUUGUCAGAAUUGGGAUCUUCUGCAAAGGACAUCAUUUCAUUGUUUCCUCAGAAUCUUAAUAGAAGUGGAAGAAUGCCAUUUGAUCAUAUUGACUCAACUCGUUGGCUUCAACGGUAUGUUGAAGCUCAGUGUUGCAUGGCUUCAAACGAUUACAAAGGUGGCUUGGAAAUCUUUGCAGAUCUUUUACAGCGUUUCCCAAAUAAUACACACUUACUGCUUGAGAUGGCAAAGGUUGAAGCUAUUAUUGGAAAGAAUGAAGAGGCCAUUUUGAAUUUUGAGAAGGCCCGCUCAAUUGAUCCAUACAUCGUAACAUACAUGGAUGAGUAUGCAAUGCUUCUAAAGCUAAGGUCUGAUUAUUCAAAGUUGAACAAGUUAGUACAUGAUUUAUUGAAUAUUGAUCCUGCAAGACCAGAGGUUUUUGUAGCUCUAUCUGUUUUAUGGGAAAGGAAAGAUGAGAAAAAAGCUUUAUCAUAUGCUGAGCAGAGUAUUCGGAUUGAUGAGAGGCACAUAACAGGGUAUAUAAUGAAGGGGAAUCUAUUAUUAACAAUGAAACGGGCAGAAGCAGCUGUGUCUGCCUUCCGGGGAGCUCAAGAAUUAAGACCUGAUAUUCGCUCAUAUCAAGGUUUGGUUCACACAUAUUUGGCUCUGUCUAAAAUCAAAGAGGCUUUAUAUGCUUCCAGAGAAGCAAUGAAGGCAAUGCCUCAAUCAGCAAAGGCUUUAAAGUUAGUAGGCGAUGUGCAUGCCAGUAACACUGGUGGCAGAGAAAAAGCAAAAAAGUUCUACGAGUCUGCUUUAAGGCUGGAACCUGGUUACCUUGGAGCUGCACUAGCAUUGGCUGAACUCCAUGUUAUUGAGGGCCGGAAUGGAGAUGCCGUAUCUCUGCUUGAGCGAUACCUUAAAGACUGGGCAGAUGACUCUCUUCACGUGAAACUGGCUCAAGUUUUUGCUGCCACUAAUAUGCUGCAGGAGGCGUUGUCACAUUAUCAGGCUGCAUUAAGGUUAAACCCUCAGAACGAAGCAGCAAAACGAGGUUUAGAGCGUUUAGAGAAGCAGAUGAAGGGAGUAGAUCCCGAUGCACCAGAAGAUGAUGAAGACAAUGAUGUCGAAGAUGCAGAUGGAGAUCAAGAUGAUGCUGAACUUCUGUGAGGACCAGUGUCCAAAGGAAGUCAAUUAUGGUGAGAAAAAGUACCCUUGGAAAUAUAGUUUAAUGUAGAGAGUUGCAUGGAACCAAGUCUUUCACAUCAGAACACACAGCAUGAAUACACUCUAAAUUAUGUGGUGCAAUUCUAUGUCAAUGAUGUCUCUGAUGGAAGCUUAUUGUGUUAUACCUCAUUGUAAAAUCAUUUCUGUCCCGUCGCAUUAUUCUGUAUCUAUAUUGUUUUAUUCACAAAUCAUAGUGAGAGUAACAUCUUUAUUCAUUGGUGCCCAUUAUUGUC